ACGGACAACUCAGUUGUCCAGGCUUUCCUCACGAAGCCUAAGCUUUCCCCUCGACAGGCACGCUGGUGGCGUGACUUAUCCGAGUUCAGUUUCACCACUCAGCCCAUCAUGGGUGAAACGAACCGCGUCGCCGAUGCCUUGUCCCGCCGUCCUGAUCACAAUCAGGAACCCAUCCAUCUUGCUGCCAUCUCCAUCAUCAGUGUUGAUCAGUCGGUGAUCGACGCGUAUCGCACUCGGUAUCGCCACUGCCCCGAUUAUCGCGUCAUCCACACGACACUGCGGAGUGGCAAAACCGUUCCUUCCUACUCCCUCGGGGAGAACGGCCUCGUGUACUGGCAUGGCAGAUCUGGUCAGCUAGAACCACGUAUCUACGUUCCCUCCACCGGACAGCUCCGCGUCCAGGCUGUAGCAGAGUUCCAUGACCAGGCAGCUGCCGGUCAUAUGGGUUUCCACAAGACGUUGGCUCGUGUUUGCCGCCUAUACGUCUGGCCGAAGUCCAAGGACUCUGUUAAAGCCUACAUCCAGGAGUGUCCUACCUGCCAGGAGGUGAAUAGUGCGAACAGCCUUCCGUAUGGGUUACUUCAGCCCCUACCCAUACCUGAAGGUCGUUGGCAGUCUAUCUCGAUGGAUUUCAUUGGUCCCCUCCGCCCACCCACUCAGCGCGGUCAUGAUGCUAUCUUGGUCGUCGUCGAUCGCUUCACGAAGCGUGCACGUUUUGUUCCGUGCCGCUAUCGCAUUAGCGCUCGUGAGGUCGCCGACAUCGUCUUCGACCGAGUCGUGAGAGAUCACGGCUUACUUCAGAGCAUCAUCUCCGACCGUGACCCGCGCUUUACCAGCACAUUCUGGCGACGCCUACACGAGGUGUACGGAUCCCAAUUCCGCUUCUCAUCGUCUUACCACCCUCAGACGGAUGGUCAGACUGAGGUCACCAACAAAACUCUCGGUAAUAUCCUCCGAAAGUUUGUUAGGGAUGACCAGCAGUGGGACUUACACUUAGCCCACUCGGAGAUUGCGUACAACCACGCUGUUUCGCCAGCCAUGGGGAUGUCGCCAUUCUAUUGCGACCUCGGCUACCACCCUCGCGUACCUGCGGAUUUCCUACGACCAUCRCRGUUGCGYCCAGACACUCGUUGCCCUGCGCUUGACGACUGGAUCGCCCACAUGGCGGCGAUUAUGAAGCGCGCACACGAGAGUUUAGCCGAYUCCCAGACUCGCAUGGCCGCACGAGCGAACCGAUCACGAAUGGAUCAUCCAUUCAAAGUCGGUGACGAUGUGUUCGUCGACGCACGCCACUUACAGCUCGAAGCAGAUAUGCUUCGCAAGUUCAGGCGUCGUUUCUUCGAUCCAUGCCGCAUCCUUCAGGCCGUCGGCUCUGAUACUGCCGCUAGUCCGGUCAGCUUCCGUGUGAAGCUACCUGAUUACCUUCGACAGGCUCGCGUACACGAUGUUUACCACGUCUCCUUGCUGCGUCCUUAUCGCAGACCGUCCAAGCGCUUCGCCGGACGCCCUUAUGAGCUCCCUCCACCUAUCAUGGUGGACGGUCACGAGGAGUUCGUUGUUUCCGACAUCGUAUCACGCCGAUUAUCGACGAUACCCCUCCACGCAUCGAGUACCUUGUGCGUUGGAAGGGCUACCCUGAUGAGGAGGCUACUUGGGAGCCCCUCGAGCACUUGCAGCACGCCAGGAUGUUGGUGCGUGCAUAUGAUCGUGCUCGUCGUGCUGGGACAUCUGCUUCUACUCAGCCGACUGACCCUCUUCCUCCUCCUCCGGCUGAGGAGAUCGCUGAGGAUGAGCCCGCUCCCUCUGAGGCCGCUCCUCAGCCGCAGAUGGUCGCCUCCGAGCGUCCACAGCGCACUCAUCGUCGCCCUUCACGUUACGAUGACUAACACUCUUAUCCUCCAUCUUUCCCCACUGACUCACACCAUCAGGUACUCCAUCAUCAGCUCUUCUUCAGGAUGUCAGCGUUUUGCGGCUCUGCUUCAACAUCGACUCGACUGCUACUUCAUCGACGUCAUCGACCGAUUCGACGACUUCAGCUACCUUAUCGGCUUCAGCUACUUUGGACGUGACUACUUCAUGCCACCACCCUACCCUGUACAUUCCCUUGCAUCUGUCGCAUGAUGGUUCUCACUUAGUUAGGUCUCUUUGAGUUGGGCUCUCCCUUGGUAUCGCAUAGGCAUUGGGACCGUAGCGUUAUCUUGGCUUCCCUGCUCCCAGAUCUAGCUCCUUCCUCCCCCAGUCG